UUGUCCUCAGUCAACAAGAGUAUCAAAAUAAGAAUACUAAGGCAGCUUAAUAAUGAUUUGCAUUAUGAUAGCUUAGACUCUGCCCCAACACUUGACCAUUUUGAAGUGGUCAAGGAAUGGAGUUGUAAGUGGUUCUCUGAGGGGCAGAUUAGCCAGGAGAUUGCGACGUGGGUUGUAAAUCUAAACCGAGAGUCGCUUUUGGGAAUGUCAAAACACACAAACGAAAUAACCCACUUUGACUUAUUACAUCCUGUUGUGGUACAGCAAUCGAACAGCUUUCUGCUUUUACAGAAUUCUAUCUCAAACCUCUUUCACAGUCUCCCAUCUUUCGUUAAGGAUUCUACCGAUUUUAUUAACAAAUUAGAAGAUUUGAAUGCAAAAGGCCCAUUCCAUGAGGGGUCUCUACUUGUGUCUUGG